AUGUCGGCACUUGGUGCGCUGGUGGAACAUGUCCUUUCCAGAGUGCUCAGCGAGGUGGAAGAUCUGGAAGACAUUUCGGAAAAGGAAAGCGAAAGGAUCGCAGAGGCUGUCAAGCUGCUCGCACCGCUCGAAGACCUUUUCGUCGAUCCGAGGAGCGGGCAAACAGCGGUAGCGCUCUUUGUGCCCAGCUGGUUCAAGUGCUCCUACCUCUGCGAGAUCCUCACGGGUUCCUUGGCAGACAUUGAUUUCUUGUACAGCGAAGCGGCAGCUCUGGUGGAUUAUUCGCCUCGCGAACUCGCCAAGCUCGUCAGAGCUUUGUUCGCCGAUACGCCCAAGCGACAAAAAUUGCUCGAAAAAUUCGUCAUCGCUCCUCCCACUUGA